CCAUUUGUAUUACCAUGACAGGUGGUAGCCGGAUAGCUAGCGUUCGGAAAAACGUUCGUUUGCAAUAAAACGCGAGCACUUCUUUGGAUUUAAACUGGAUAACAAUACAAUGUUGCGAAAACGUUGAUCGGGUAUGUGUAGCUAGCUACAUUAGCGUGUCUCAGUGUUAGUUUCUCAGUAUUGGUGCUUGCAAAGCCCCGCUUGACAGAUGCAAUGCAUUCACUUGCACAGGAAAUUCAAGGAUUUUCGAAAACAAAACUGAAAAAGCAAAGCACUGUUGUGACAACUGUGCUCGGGCGACGGCACAUAGAAACAAUGGACGACACCAACAUGCACGAAAAUGAGGACCCAGUGAUGUCAGGCUGUGGAUUUGUUCAAGAUACUAGCUUGGAUCUUCAAGUUGGCAUUAUCAAGCCAUUUCUACUACUCUCAUCCCAAGACGCAGCCCAAGAUAUAGAAACUUUGAAGAAAUUUAAGGUUUCACAUGUGUUGAAUGUUGCCUAUGGUGUUAAAAAUAGCUUCCCAGAUCUAUUCAGUUAUAAAACGGUGACCAUUCUGGAUAUUCCGGAAACAGACAUCACUUCAUAUCUCCAAGAAUGUUCACAGUUCAUAGAUCAAGCUAAAACUGAGAGCGGGGUUGUCCUGGUCCAUUGCAAUGCCGGAGUCUCUCGUGCUGCCUCAGUAUUAAUUGGGUACCUCAUGGACAGAGAAGGUUUGGGGUUUGAUGAAGCAUUUGCCCUUGUGAAGGAAGCAAGACCCUCUAUCCGUCCCAAUCCAGGAUUUCAUGAGCAAGUGAAGAAUUACAAACCGUAGGCAACUAACACAAUGUAAAUGCAAAUCAAGAAAUAUAAAUGCAGUGUCUUAUGUGGGCUGAGCAUCUUGAACAUGCAAGACACUCUAAUAAUAAAAUACAUUUAAAUCAAAUGGGCAAAUAUGUUUGAUAUGAAGCCAACAGAACAGAGGGGCAUACUACAAAGCAGAUUCAAUAUGUUAGCCAGCUAACUUGCCUAAAUAUUCUUACAUAACUUUUUUUUUUUUUAGAAAGAUAAGGUUGAAAUAGGAAUGAUCUAGUUGACUCAACACCCCCAAAAAUAUCUAAGUUUAGCAUUCUGGGUCUUUAUCAAAGUUAGUUGGCUAACACAUUAAACUGCUUUGUAGUAUACCCCUCUGAUGGGCAACAUUGACAGAUUAAUUCAGUGUAUUGAUAAGCAUUCUCCUUCGAUAUAAUGUAUGCAAAUUUCCCCUAAACACUUACAUUUACAUUUUAGUCAUUUAGCAGACGCUCUUAUCCAGAUCGGCUUACAGUUAGUGAGUGCAUUUUUUUUUUUUUCUUCCUGUGGUAUUUGUUUUUGCCCUGAUAUUUUGAAUUGUAUUCAAUAUAAUUGUAACAAUAUACUUAGGCAGUAUAUUCGACCAGCAGAAAAUGAAUGUCCGAGGUACGCUAAACCAAUGUGAACUUUUAUGCCUUUUCCUAACCCUUACCUUAACCUCACUGAAACUAUACCUAACCUUAACCUCACCCUCGUUCCUAAACCUAACCUUAAUUAAUUUCGACCCCUAUGGCGAAUCUUUUUUUUCUUCUUCUUUCUGCCGGUCGAAUAUACACUUCCUAAACUUUAUUGAUCCCCAGAGGGGAAAUUGGAUUCGUCACCAGCAUAAGAUUUUAUACGGGGACAAUAGCCAACUUGUCAGUCUGACUGUCAGCUACAGUUGAAGUCGGAAGUUUACAUACACCUUAGCCAAAUACAUUUAAACUCUGUUUUUCACAAUUCCUGACA